UUAUUCAAACGAGAUUGCACUGGUAUUGCAGUACAUUUGUUCAUUUAAAACUCUUAGACUGACUUUGAUGAGUCAAUCCUGAUUAAUCUCAAAUAUUUGCCACGAUGACUAGAUUUGGAUAGUGAAAUUUCGUUCUAGUAGAGUUUUUUUUAUUGCAAGGAUUUUAUACUGUACUUAUCUGAAAUUUCAGAUAAAAAAAUGAAAUUCUUAGUUAUUCUUGGCGUCAUUGCUGUAACUUAUUCACCACGAGUACUUGCUGAUAAUAGGAACAUGGUGAAAAUUGUAUAUGCUAAACCUGUAAUAGUGAAUCCUGAAUAUUUCGAUGAAAAGACAUUGAGAAUGGACGUCAUUCAAGGAAAUGAGACGUACAAUUCUUUGAGUUUGAACUUUGAUAUACUCAAAGAUUUUCCAAGAGACACAGAGUUUGUAUCACAACUUUAUCGCUCAAACGCAAGAUGUCGCAAUUAUCGAAAAAUGAAUGAGUACGCCAUCACUCUUUGUACAAAUGCGAAUGAUCAAUAUGCACAGUAUUUGCCCAAUGCCUUUGUAACUAUGAAGCAAGCAAGAAAAUGCGUGACAAAGGGAAAAUUUCAAGAUAAUGAUGUUGAUUGGUUCAAAUUUUACAACAUACUAUCAGAAGAAGAGUUGAAAAGCUCUAAUUGUUUCCGAACAAUCAAUAGUUUUAUAUCGAGAGGUAAUUAUAUAUUCAGUGAAGAUUUCAUAUUUGUAACGAAUUAA